AUGGAUCACGUUGAUGUCGCUGGUACGCGAGAGAUGGGCGCUGCGGCGUCCCUUACAACACUCCACGUCUUCAUACCGUAUAGCAACAGUGCCACAAAUAAGACCAGCAACAGCGGUGCUGCCGGUGUACCCGCUGUGUCUUCCUCAUUCACGCCUCGUACCGCAACGUCAGCAGGAACGGCAGUAGCGUCAUCCGCAGCAUUGAAUGGCGGCGGCACCACCGCAUCGAGUAGGUGGAUGCUUGCAAAGCCCACACUGGACCCAUCUUGCAUCCGCUUCUGCCCAGAGACUUGUUGGGUGCCCGACGCACAGGUGAUGACGUGUAUGGCACACGACUGCAAUGUGUCCUUCUCGCUCUUUAACCGCAGGCAUCAUUGUCGCGUAUGCGGGCGCAUCUUCUGUGCUGCCUGCUGUUCUCACAUCAUCACAGCGCUCAACUACCACAACAAUAAUGACAGCUACUACAGUCAAAACCAACGUCAACUGCAAAACAGCAGUUACACCAACUCCAUGGCGCAGUGUACAGUCUCGUGUGGCGACGCCCUGGACUCGUUCGGGUCACCAUCGACGGUGCAGAGUCACCGUGGCGAUGGGUCCCCUCUUGGAGCAUGCAGCACUCCCUCUUCGGCGCGCCUGCAUCAGCAACAGCAGUUUGUGACGUCUUCGCCGACCACAACGUGUCGCGUCUGCUCUGCCUGCCAUUACGAGCUUCAGCUUGUAGUACCGCGCCGUGACCACAACGGCGAGGCGCGGCGCAAGUGCCGUGGUGAGCUGAAAAUGAUGCAGUGGCCGCUGCUGGUGAGGAUGCUGUCGUACCUCACCAUGCAUGACCUCCUCGAGGUGUCGCUGGUGUCCUCUGACUUCUACUUUAUGUCACGCGAUAAUUUGAUUUGGUACCAAUACAACAUGGCGCGCUGCUGGCAAGAAGUGGAGCUGAAGAUACCAACAACACGGAGCAGCAGCUCGUCCUUCUCACUGCGCCGGCGCCUUCUCAACCGAGCGAAACCGCAGACGUUCCUUACCGAGUUUGGAGACAUCAUACCGACGGAUGCAUCGAAACGCGUCAUCUCUCUGCACGCGCGGUACAACUUCACGCAAUUCCUUGACUUCGCUCGGCGGCGGGAGCUGGCGCGAUGCAAGGGUGUCUCAUCCUUUUCGGAAGGGGCUCGCAUGCUACUCUCGAGCCCGCUUAAGAUUGCCAUUAUUGGCCCCGCUGGUGUCGGCAAGACGGCGCUUGUGCAGCAGUUUGUUGAUCAGCAUGAGAACCGGCGAUUGGCGGGCAGACCGCUGCUGCCAACCAUGGGUUUCACACUCUACGAGAAGACGGUGCACAUCGUGGGGAGCCUGACGACCGAUGUGCGGCUUCAGAUCUUUGACAUCUCCGGCGAGCCGCGCUUUGAAGAGCUGCGGCGGCUUCUCUGCUCUAACUGUCACGCGAUCGGAAUCUGCUACGACGCACGGCGGAAGGUCACACUCGUGCAGGCGGCGGAUGUGAUGAUGGAAGUUGAGCCCACACUCGGUCCUCAGCCUACCGUGGUAUGCGGUAUUGUGCGACCACCAGCAGCGGCAGCCGCGCAAGAAAUUGGGGAGAAGGGGGCACCGCUGGAGGUGUCGGAGGUGCACGCGCGGGACAUCACUGUACGUGGGCGUGGCUCCCUGCAGUGUGCGUGGGACAAGGGCGAAAUGCUCUUCCAGAAGCUGGUGCAAUGCUUGCUGGACCGCCUUGCGCUGGCGACAACCACGUCGUCGGUGAUUGCCACGACAACGCCCACCGGCCGUGUGCGGAGAGACGAGAGGGAGACCAGCAUGAACCUCAACGUGGCGCAGGAGUUGUUACAAAUAACGAUGCAGCCCUCUCCUCUCGACGUGCUGCUAUGCGAUAAGUAG